CGGGACUAGAGAAGCGGUUCUCCCCUCUGUAGUGGUCACCAGCGAGGCCGCAGUUCAAGUGCUGCAUCCAGUUAUGGUCUCCUCAAUUCAGGAACGACACUGAGGUGCUGGAGCAUGUCCAGCGAAGGGCAACAGAGCUGGAGAAGGGUCUGGAGCACAAGUCUGUGGUCAAGGCGAGCCUGGCGAGCCAGUGAGCUGCUACAGCUUUGUGAGCAAGUGUGAGAGCAGCUGGGACAGGGAAGUUGACCAGCUUGGUUGAAAUCUGUAUUUAUACAGUACUGUGUCAUAAAAAAAACCCUGACAUAACAGUACUGGAAAGUCUGCAAGAGUCAGAAUGUUGGAGCAAGACAGGAAGGAAGUUGGAUCCCCAGAGCAUAUGCAACUACACUAACCAAGAUACAUCCAUUUCUCUGAGUGUCAUCACAGUUAAAGUCUUUCUGAAAUUCCAUCAUCAUUUAACACAUCGCCAUGUUGGCUCACACUGGUAUUUUUUUAGCCCUACCUAAUGGUUUGAUCAGAGAAGCAAAGGAAGCAUAGAAAAGCUUUGUGUGUGUGCCCAGUACUCUCUAAAGUGAACUAGACUACAGUAAGUGUGUUUCUGUCAUCUUCAGAUGUGUGCAGUGUGGGUAGAAGAGGUUACAGGAAUAGUAAUAAUUUAUCUGCAAGAUGAAUUAGUUAUUAGAAUGCGCCUGAAAAGUCUUGGAUGCAGUUGUACAUAGGAGACUCUAUAGAGGGAAGUCCUGGGAAAUACAUGAACAGUGCUUAGUCCUGAAGAAAUAACCAAAUGCACAGACCAGGAUGAAAAGGAGAUCAUAAUAUUUUAGCCUUUUUAGAGAACAUUAACUUACCCUAUACAGCUAAGCCAGCAUGAGUCCAUCCCCACUGGAGCUGUGUUUCCUUUAACUACUGUUGUCUAAAGUUAAACACAAUAGCCUUGACAUAUAAGCUCAUAAUGUCUCCAGUGAACAGCAAAGGACUUUGAACACUUUUUGUCCCCAGUGACCAAUACUGAGUCUGAAAGAAAAAAAGAUAAAGCCACUUUAUGUAAUUUAUCAUCAGUAUUGUAUUUCUAUUCGAAACAGACAUUAGAAAUGUCUGCUUCUUCUUAAAGAAACAGAAUAUAAGCAGGAAAUAUUUAUUGAUUUACUGGGGGGGGGAGAGGUUUCCCCCUAUAAAACCUUAGUAAGGAAAGAAAAGUAUUUUAAAAUUUAGCUUUUGAAAUGAACAGCAGAUACCUACAAGAAGAACAUGUCUGUUGUGCAGCUGACAGUACAGGAAUAACCAAGCAAUUUUUAUCAUCUGGUAUCUGUACAUAAAGCAAUAGUACUGUCACUAGAGAACUUCUCAGAGUGUUUGUGGAGGAGGCACAGCCUUUACAGGUAAUGUGCAUACUGGUACAACAAGUUAUGCUAAACACAUUAUUCCUUCCUUCUGCUAGAAUGCAGUCACUUUGGAUUUUUACCUAAGGAGACCAGGCUUGCAAAAUGUUUUGGUUUUUUCUACUUCUCUUCUUUCUUCCUUCUUUCUGUCUUUUGACAGAUUCCUCCCUGCCCCUAAUAAAUGUUGAAGGCACUUCUCAAAUUUCAUUGCAACUGGCUGAAGGAAGCAAGUCUCAAACAAGUUUGCUGCCAUGUCCUUCAUGCAGCUUCUUGCAGAGCAGAGAGAUGCACAUCUCUAUCCUUCUGGGUGCAAGCCUUCAGCUCACUCUGAACAGGAAGCUUUUGUUUGAUUUGCUGGCUGGAUAAUCAGAACAUGCAGCUCAAAGUCAGCUGGAGUGUGCACACCCUCAUGCCCUGGCCUCGUGGUGAAAACAUGAAGCAGUAGAACUACUGUGUGGGAGGAAAGCUAAGGAAUCAGGAGCAGGCAAGGAACAUGAGACUAGAGUAAGGAUAUUUUGACAGUGAUGCACAGGGCACAAAUAACACAACUCCAUAAGAAAUGAGGCUUCUCAGUUCAGCAGCCCCCAAGACCGUGAAUUUCUGCUCUGCCUGCACAUUGUGCAAGUAUCUAAACAUCACCUGCCUAGCUGGUCCUGCCUCUCACACUGUUUAUGAAAAGCAGGAGCUGUACUUGAUCUCAGGCAAAGCACAACAAAAUAUUAUCCCCAUUCCCUUGCACAAAUGCUCAGUGCCAUCAAGGCUGUCAGAGCGGAUAGCAGAGGGGAAAGGUGCUUUGGCAACAGAAAAUACUCGGAUCUGAGCAGCUGGCCUGAACCUCCACUACUUAGAUAAAUCCUCACCACAAGAUUUUUUUGUGGUUAUAGUUUUUAAGUCCUAUCCUAUUAUUGUACAGGCUGAAUAAUUUCAUAAGUUACUAUUUUUCUGAGCAUUUCAGGUUGCAGUUGGGUUACUGCACAAGCAGUCUUGUCCCCACAUGUUCAUCUCUGCUUUCCAGACCCCUCCCUGCUAUGCUGACAUAGUCAUAUGGUGUGGGGAGCUGAUGAGAUAAAGUGACUUGGCCAAGAAAUAAUCUGCAAUAAGAAAAGGUUUGUUUUUUCAGCCAGAUCUGUCUCCCUUAUGCUCACGCACAGCAGGAGACAGCACCAUGAUAAGAAUGAAGUAGUCAGGAAUGACAGGCUUCCACUGUCGUUCUGUGCCACAGCCCUCAGAUCACUUGAGGCUCUUCCCACUCAGUCUUUUGGGUCCAACAGAAGCUGUUUUAAAGAACUAAUGUUUAAGGAUGAAAGUUGCCUGAAGAGCGUGUGCAAGUGACUGAAGUGAGAGCAGGGAAGCCUGUACAGAAAUCACACAAAAAAUUACACAAAAUUUCAAUUACUUAACUAUUUAUUCCCAAUGAAGAGGCCCUCUGGCCCAUUCUUUUUCAUUUAUUAUCCCAAAUUGUUCUGCUGGCUGAAACACCAUCUGAAAUGUAGUACUGAGUGCAAUGGGACGUGUUUCUGCUGAUGUUGCUCAACAGUCACUUUCCCAUUUGCUCACUGACACAGAAGUGGAAAAAAUAUUUUUUUCCUCACAAAUUCUGCAACUCUAAUCCUGGGAAGAACAUAGUAAUGGACCUCUUAGGAAUGUAUGAUCUCUGUCCCACCCCUAGUACUUUCAUAUACCCUUCUUUCUCUGUUCUGUUCCAGGAUUUGUGGUUUUUCCAAUGCAUCAACUUUUGAAGGCAUGAGAGUAUUUAAGUGGAAGGCUUGGACAACUUGUGCAGGUUUGGCAGCCACUGCCCCAGUGAUACCUUGCUAUCCAGGGAGGAGCAUGCACUGGAACUGAAGGAUUGAGGGACGAACAGCACAGGAGUGCCCUCCUUCUGCAGCAGUUAUGUUACACCAGGCCUGGCAGCUCUGUGGGAGGUGGUGCCGCUGGUCCAGCUCUGUUGUCCAUCUUAUCAUGCUGACUGUGAUGACGUUCGGGGUGGUUGCCCCUUUGAUUUGCCACCGGCUCCUCCACUCCUAUUUCUAUUUGCGGCGCUGGCACCUGAACCCUAUGAGCCAGGAGUUCCUGGAGCACAACCAACAGGAGGGACAGGAUGCCCUCCAUUACUUCGAGAAGAUGCAGAUACCAAAUGCCUCUGAGGCCUCUGGCAGUGAUGCCUUCCAGCCCUUGCUGCUGAUCACCAUAAUCACUGUGCAGAGGCGGUAUGAUUUCCACUAUGUCCUGCAAGUGGCCUCCCGCUUCCACCGCCUCCUCCAGGAAUGUGGUGCACGCUGCCGGAGCCACCGUGUGCUCCUCUGCAACGUGGAGUCAGACCCCAGUAGCCAUCAGGAUGUCAGGUUGCUGAGCAGCUUCUUUCCUAUGGUCAGUCGUGACAGAACUGGAGAGAACCCUGACUCCAGAGUGAACCAGUUUGAGAAGGAGAAGCAGGACUAUGUCUUCUGCCUUGAGCAGUCCCUGUUAUCAUACAACCCACAGUACAUCCUUGUAGUGGAAGAUGAUGCUGUGCCAGAGAAGGAGAUAUUCUCUGUCCUGCAGCACCUCUUCUUGGCCCGGUUCUCCAAACCAUACCUCAGAGAUGCUCUCUACUUCAAGCUGUACCAUCCUGAGCGGCUCCAGCGCUACUUCAACCCGGAGCCCAUGAGGAUCCUGGAGUGGUUGGGCCUGGGCAUGUUGCUGGGGCCGGUGCUGAGCUGUGUGUACUCAUGGGCACUGAGGCGGCCUAGCCCCAGCUGGCUGCUCAUGCUGUUCUUUGCUCUGUACAGCAUGGCCCUGUCGGAGCUGGUGGGGCGGCACUACCUGCUGGAGCUGCGCCGCCUGCACCCCGCGCUCUACAACGUGGUGCCAGUCACUGAGUGCUGCACCCCAGCUAUGCUCUUCCCGGCUCCCUCUGCCCAGCGUGCCUUAGGUUACCUGCAGGGGCUGCACUGCCGGCAGGGAUUUGCUAAGGACACUGCCCUCUACUCCCUGCUGUGGGCCAAGGGGGAGAACGCCUAUGUGGUGGAACCCAACCUGGUCCGGCAUGUGGGAAUGUAUUCCAGCCUCCGGCUGAACAGCAACCCGAAGCUGCUGUGAUCUGUGCAUGCCUUUCCAGACACAAAAGCCAGGGAACUUGCCACUGGGCAGAAGGGGAAAUGUGCAAACUGGGAUAUUGUGCUGCUUGCACCGGGCUUCCUGUGCCUCCAAGUGGACAAAGAAUAACUCUCUUUAAAAAAAACAAAACACAAGGGUCCUUGAAAAAAUAAACUUAUAUACAUAUAGACCCUAUUUAGUAUAUACCAUGCACCACCUGGGAGGGGAGUGGAUGAUCCCAGCAGAAGGUGUGGGUUGCCUACUCUCCUUAACUGUUCUUAAAGAAAAGCUCUCACACCAACACACACAGCUAUCCUGCCUACUCUCUUGUACACUGAUUACAAAAUUUGCCUUAGGGCAACAGAAAUGUAGGACAAAGUGAAUGUUUUAAAUUUAAGCUAAUGAGGAAGGAAGGGCCUUACUUCCUCAUCCUUACUAAGGUCUGAUCUCUGACCUCUGUCUGUUUCAAAGCUGUGGUUUUGAGCAGACCCUUCAAAAGCAGAAGUGGUUUACGGGAACUUCCCCACAAAUUCUGUCUGGAUACUUAAAGUUUUAUGAAGCCUCUAUUAGUUACUGUUUCCCCCUGCAGAUCCUAUCUGCGCCUCCACCCUUCCCAUUCUUUUUGCUCAGACCAGACGCUCUUAAAAAUAAAGCCUCUGCUGCUC